CGGCGCCGUUGGCCAGGACCGGCCCUGCGCGCGCGCGCGAGACGGCGCGAGUUGACCAAGUCCCCUUGCGGCCCAAGCAACGGGCGAACCUGAGAGGCCCACUUUGUAUGGGCGCGCGGGUUGACGCACGGACCACCCCAUACAAAACGGGCCCCCGCCAGCCAGGUCCGGACCCGGGAACGUUUGCCCGCACGAUGUCGGCCCGGUCGAGGUCGGUGGUUCUAUGUGGAAGGCGAGAGCCGCGUCACCUCUGGUGGCGUGCGAGCUCUGCGCCGGCCACUUCUUCCCUGCCAGGCAGGCCGCCUCUCUGUGACUGGUGGCGCACAGGUUCCCUCAGUUGGGCCUCGCUUCAG